CCAAGCGAAUAGUCCUCGCGCGAGCGGGACGCGGUGGUGGAUGCAAUUCCGCUCGCCCACCGCCGCCGGGAGCUCCCUGGCGCCGCAGGCAGCGUCCUCCUCCGGAGCAGCGGCGCCGGCACCUGGACAGCCUGGACCUUCGUGCCCUGCGCUCGGGGCCUCGCGCGGGGGGCGCCCCGGGACACCCCCUGCGGGCAGGGUGGAGGAGGAAGAAGAGGAGGAGGAAGACGUGGACCAGAUCCCCUGCCCUACACGGAACACCUGGCUGCGCGCCUGCCACUUCUCUUACAACAGGAGGCGAGGAGAGCCUGGAAGAGCCAUGGGGGGCUGCGAAGUCCGAGAAUUUCUUUGGCAAUUAGGUUUCUUCUUGCCGCUGCUGACAGUUUGGCCGGGAGACUGCAGCCACGUCUCCAACAACCAAGUUGUGUUGCUUGAUACAACAACUGUGCUGGGAGAGCUAGGAUGGAAAACAUAUCCAUUAAAUGGGUGGGAUGCCAUUACUGAAAUGGAUGAACAUAACAGGCCCAUUCACACAUACCAGGUAUGCAAUGUAAUGGAACCAAAUCAAAACAAUUGGCUUCGUACAAACUGGAUCUCCCGAGAUGCAGCUCAGAAAAUUUAUGUGGAAAUGAAGUUCACACUGAGGGAUUGUAACAGCAUCCCGUGGGUCUUGGGGACUUGCAAAGAAACAUUUAAUCUGUAUUAUGUGGAAUCAGAUGAGUCCCAUGGAAUUAAAUUCAAGCCAAGCCAGUAUACAAAGAUCGAUACAAUUGCUGCUGAUGAAAGUUUUACCCAGAUGGAUUUGGGUGAUCGCAUCCUCAAGCUCAACACUGAAAUUCGUGAGGUGGGGCCUAUAGAAAGGAAAGGAUUUUAUCUGGCUUUUCAAGACAUUGGGGCAUGCAUUGCCCUGGUAUCAGUCCGUGUUUUCUACAAAAAGUGCCCCUUCACUGUACGUAACUUGGCCAUGUUUCCUGACACCAUCCCAAGGGUUGACUCUUCCUCUUUGGUGGAAGUAAGGGGAGCUUGUGUGAAGAGUGCAGAAGAGCGUGACACUCCUAAACUAUACUGUGGAGCUGAUGGAGAUUGGCUGGUUCCUCUUGGAAGGUGCAUCUGCAGUACAGGAUAUGAAGAGAUCGAGGGUUCUUGCCAUGCUUGCAGGCCAGGCUUCUAUAAAGCAUUUGCUGGGAACACAAAAUGUUCUAAAUGCCCUCCACACAGUUUAACCUACAUGGAAGCAACUUCUGUCUGUCAGUGUGAAAAGGGUUACUUCCGAGCUGAAAAAGACCCACCUUCCAUGGCAUGUACCAGGCCACCUUCAGCUCCUAGGAAUGUGGUUUUUAACAUCAAUGAAACAGCCCUUAUUUUGGAAUGGAGCCCACCAAGUGACACAGGAGGGAGAAAAGAUCUCACAUACAGUGUAAUCUGUAAGAAAUGUGGCUUAGACACCAGCCAGUGUGAGGACUGUGGUGGAGGACUCCGCUUCAUCCCAAGACAUACUGGCCUGAUCAACAAUUCCGUGAUAGUUCUUGACUUUGUGUCUCACGUGAAUUAUACCUUUGAAAUAGAAGCCAUGAAUGGAGUUUCUGAGUUGAGUUUUUCUCCCAAGCCAUUCACAGCCAUUACAGUGACCACAGAUCAAGACGGUCUGUUAUAACAGAUGCCAUAGACUAGGG